AUGGCGUAUCAUAAGGAUAAGCUUUUAAGAAACACGCCAAACACCCAACUUCCCCACCAGAAAUCAGUCGCCAUGCCUCCAAAGUUCGAUCCUUCUGAAGUCAAGAUCAUACACCUUCGUGCUACUGGUGGUGAGGUAGGCGCUUCGUCCGCAUUAGCGCCGAAGAUUGGUCCUCUCGGUCUUUCGCCCAAGAAGGUUGGUGAAGAUAUUGCUAAGGCGACCGGUGACUGGAAAGGUCUCCGCGUCACCGUCAAACUCACCAUUCAGAACCGUCAGGCCGCCGUUUCCGUUGUUCCCUCUGCAUCCUCCCUCGUUAUCAAGGCCCUCAAGGAGCCUCCCAGAGACCGCAAGAAGGAGAAGAACAUCAAGCACACCAAGUCCAUCCCUCUCGACGAGAUCAUUGAGAUUGCCCGAACCAUGAGAUUCAAGUCUUUGGCUCGCGAGCUUAAAGGAACUGUCAAGGAGAUACUCGGAACCGCCUACUCUGUCGGGUGCCAGGUGGAUGGCCGCUCCCCCAAGGACGUCUCUGACGAUAUCUCGUCUGGCGAGAUUGAGAUUCCCGACGAAUAAAUCGCUAGGGUUUUCUUUUCUGCUUUCGGUUGGGCUACUUUCAUCGUGUAUCUAUUCAAAAAGUGAUAAAGGGAUCAAUUUUUCAGGCAUAUUGGUCUUCCUCUC